UGUUACAUUUUAUACCGAGAAAUGGGAAUAUUAAUUCCAGGAACAUGUCAUUUGUGAUAAUGAUUGGGCCUUGGCUAUUUUUCCUUCAUUGGUUGUUGAUUUCCAGGGCAGCAGGAUAAAGUUUGUUGUCGUGGGGAAGCUCGGACCAAUGGAAUCGUUCGGUGAGGUGAGCAUCCUGCUUGAUCAGCCCUCCCCCUGCAGCAUCGUCACGGCGACAGAGGUGCAAGUAGGGAUCCUCCAACCAGAUGCUCUGAAAGGACUUGAUUCAGUGACAUCGGCACUGAUGUUACAAACAGCACAGCCGACUUACGGGAAGUUGAGUCAGGAAGAGAUUAACAAGGAGUACAUCAGACAAGAGCGGCACAAGGAAUGGGACCACAUAAAGAAGAGAGUGUUGUCUGAUGCCCUGCUCUACAACGGGAUCCAGCAGGGGAACGGGAAGUGGACCUUCACUAGGGGAGGUGGAAGAAGAUCUGUGGACAAGAGCAGCCCCUUCCAAUAAACACAGCACACACACAAACACCCCAGCGUGUACUGCCUGCUUUGACUCCAGAUGUUACAACAACAACGCAAGAAAACACAGGAACUGACAUUGCCAAACCCUAAUUUGCUGUUUAAAAGUAUAACUCCAGUCCCAUGCUCCAAUCCAACUUCUGACACCACACCCUCCAAUAUCCCGCCACAUACACUUUUGUUCUCUGCCUGUAUCUUUGGACUCAACGUACAGUGACCACUCCAGAUGUACACUAAUAUAGCAUCAAAGAAAAUAAACUGUUAUUCUCCCCAGC